UCUAUUAGACCUGAUUGGGUCCAAUCAGGCGGUUCUGCUCCAGCUGCUGAAUCAACAGCCUGCAGGCCUCACUUUCCUCCUCCUCAUCAGGGAGGAAGGACCAUGUGAAGCAGGUCCAAGCAUGACGUUCCAGCUGAAAACCAGAGGCCGGUUCUGUGGCCUGCACUGCUCUGUGGGUCUGACUGACUGGGACAUGGACAAAGAGCUCAAACUGGCAACAACCACUGACCAAAACUGUAACGAAGACAAAGUGAAUGAUCAAUAUUUGGCCCAGAGACCCUCUGCAAGGGCCUGCAGAAGAAAGGAUGAGUUCAUUUGGUACGAUAAGACAUCAGACACAUUUGUGAAACCGAACCUGUGGCUGUUGGUGAAUCCCAACAUCGCCUGUCCGGUCCGAUAUGUGCAGACGGACGCUGACCUCCAGCCUGAGCCGGGUCAUGCCGACCAGCUGCUCCAGCUGGAGCCCGGGGACGCGGAGGGCCCGUCCACAUCCGAUCCGCAAACCUGCCCCCAUCAGGAGGAGCUGAUGCUUUCUGCUUCCUCCACAGAGAAACACACGAUACAAGAAGAUUCCAGCAAACCAGUCCGGACCAGACGGAAGGGGAAGAUCACAAAAGUCGUGGACCUGAAGUCCCUGAAGCCGGGCUGCUGGCCUCGUCCGCCGGUGAAUUACUGCGUCCUGGUUGCUCUGGCACUGAAGAGCAGCCAGACGGGGAGCCUCAAGGUCCAGCAGAUUUACAACUUCACCAGAGAACACUUCCCCUUCUUUCAGACGGCUCCGGACGGCUGGAAGAACACGAUCCGCCACAACCUGUGCUUCAGCAGCAGCUUCCGUAAAACCUGCAACCAGCUCUGCAAAGAGGGGAAGAGGAAGUCGUGCUUCUGGCACCUGACGCUGGACGGCCACCGCCGGCUGCAGGACGAGCUCCACACGCUGACCGGCGAAACCCUAAAGAUGCUGGAGAGGAGCAUGUCCAACCCAGAUGUAAUAUGGAGUUUAUUUAAAAUGUGAUUCCUGCAGGUUUCAAUGCACUUAAAAUGAUGCAUAAUAAAAUAUGCAUAUCAUUCAGUUGAGUUGUCUUUAAAUGUGGUCUUUUUUUAUUUAUGCAAAGUAAAAACAACUUUUUGCUUACAUCUCUAUCAUCUAUCGGCGCUUUAAGCAAUCUCACUGCAAGUUAAAUAAAUCUACAGAUGUUGAGGUAAAAUGAUCAAAGACUUGCUGACAUGUUUUCCAGAAAGAUGGAAGAAAAUACUUCAUAUCUGCUCCUUUGAAAGUUGAGAUGCAACUUCUACGUUUGUCGUUUUAUACUGUGACUUCACCAAACUGAGCUUUGGAGUUCCUCUGGGACGUGUGCUCAGUCCUUCUGCAUUUACCUGAUCGGCGGCGUAGUACCACAUAAAUCAGCAGGUUGGGAUUACAGAGAAGUUUCUCCUUGAAUCUUAUCGUCACCCACCUGACGUCCCUCAGGAGGCUGAAGCAGGAAAUCUUGAUUCAGCAGCUGCAGCAGUUUCACAUGCAAACUGUUUGAAGGGAAUAAAACAUUUGUGAUGAGGCGAUCUGACUCUACUUUUAAUGUUUGGUCUUUAGUCGUCUGGAGGAAAUCUUUGCUCCACCGAGUGCUAAUGGGUUCAUAUAGAUGCUUGAAUUUCAAAUGGAGGUUUUCAAGGUUUGGAAAGUGCUUGAUUUCU